AAAUAUAAUAGUACUCAUUCAUCUGCUACAUAGCACGUUAACUGCAAUAAAAAUUUAUUUGUAAAUAAUUUGAAAACUAAAAUUAUUAAGUAUCUUUUGAAUAUGUUGAAUAAGAAGCGACAAAAGGCAGGAUGUACUUGCUGUUCUGAUGUAUCCCCACAAAACAAAUCGAACAGCAAUUCACGUACCCCGCAAACAGUUAUGCAUAACGACAAUGAUCCGUGCUCACAUGAAAAAUGUCGAAUCUUUGGGGUUCAUGAUGAUCCCUACGUUCGGCCCUUUGAUCCUAAGGAAUGCAAAGCCAAUCGUCGAUCGUUCGUUGAUAAAUCUUUGGGAUUUCCACUUGGUAUUGUGACUGGGACAGUUGCUUCUAAAGCUGGCAUGCCAAAUUUUGAAUCAAUACGAUAUGCAAGUAAUCUAAAGGCUUUUGCAGCAACUUAUUAUACGAAGCGAACCGAAUGGAAUCCAGACUUGAUCGAUCUGCUAAUCACCGAAGGCCAAAUAUUAUUUAGUGAUUCAGAGACAAUGGAUUCUCCCAAUGCAAAUGUAUAUCCGGAGGUUUAUGAUGAUUACGAACAGGCUGUAACCCGUCAUUUCAAGUUUAACGACAUUGAAUUUGCUAUAGAGUUAGAUGCUCCCUUUGAACUUUACGGUGUUCAAAAUCUCAUCGGACGUUUACGACGUAUUAUGAAUGCUUACUUUAAGAGACGUAAGACUGCAAUAUUUUGGACUCCAAAUUGGUAUUUACUGAUAUGGAAAGACGCCGGUGUUUGGAUGGUACUCGACUUAAAUGGACGUGAUAAGGAUACACUAAAAUCAAAUCAUGAUGGCGGUUACCCAACGUUAUUAGCGAUGCGAUCCUUAGACAAUGUCAUUCAUUUGAUCAAGGAGGAGAGCAAUCUUGAGAAUUCCGAUCCAUUUACUCUGCGUGAUGUAUUAGUCGUGAGGUUGGUAACACCAGGACCAAAGGGUCGUAGUCAGGAACGCGACUUCGGACCCCGAAUGAGCGAAUUUGAUGUAAUUGCUUCCGACUAUGCGUAUCUCAAGUCCAAUCUACACUUGACACUCAAUCCAAAGGAUGCACUCCGAAAUCGUAGUGCUUUACCAGUUGCAGUGGCAACAGCAUUGGCAUCCAAAAUCGAUCAUCCGGCUACUUGGGAUGCAAAGACAUACGACAAGGUUAUUUGCUAUGGCGUCAAUAUGUGUAAAAAUUGUUGGGAGCCAUGUACGGAUAUUAAUCAGCCAAUGGAUUUAGAUACAUUUCCUCGGCAAAUUCGUCUAGGUCAAUUCGUAGCUGAGGUCCUUCUUACCCCCAAUGCUUAUGAGGGUUGGUGGAAAUGUGUACCGAUGUACAAGUUUAAUGAUUUCCAUUUAAUACUUGAGAAAGCGCUUGCGGAUAAUGAUUAUGUAAUCUUUCAGAUUAACAAUCAAAUGUAUUCGAUUUGGAAAAAAGGAGAGUUCAUAUAUUUAAUGGAUCCCUAUCGACAUAACAUUGUAGGCCGCAUUCUUGAGGAGGGUGAAGAUCCAAAAAGUGCCUCGGUGCGUAUGUUUGGAAAUAUGGAUAGAUUUCUUAGCGUAUUCCAUCAGAUUCUGCUGGAAUCGAAUCGUUCAGCAAUAUUUCACAUUCAUACGCUAAGAAUCCGCAAUAUCACCGAAUGUCCAACUGGUACAGCGCCAAUGUUGUUGCCACCCGAUCAGGACGUCGAAGUUGCCUCACUUAAUGAGAACAUACGCUUCGAUGAGAACUAUGACAAGUGUCUGGAAGAACUUGGCGCAAUUAGUGACUAUGAAGAGGACUUGGCUUCCGAUAUUGAGCCGAUUGAAGAGGUUAGCUCGUCUGAAGAAAUGGUCGAAGAGGAAGAAGGCGGCGAGGCACAACUUGGUGAAGGCGGCGAAGAGGACGAUGUUGAAGAUUAAACAAUAUAAAUUGUAGAAUUUCAAUUUUGGAUAAUAAUACAACUAUUUUAAGUCUAUUAAUAC